AUGCCGCUGCUACAGCUCAGCCUGCUGGCGCUGCUGGUACUGCUGGGGGGCUCGGCGCGGGCGGCGCGGGGCCACGAACGCGGCCAGGGGCCCCCGCAGCCCUUCGAGCUGCUCUCCAACCGCGCCGUCGAGGCGUCCUCGGCAGGGGACUUUGAGGCCGCCGUGCGCUACCUGGAGCAGGCGCUGAGCAGCCGCCGCAGGCUGCGCUGCCGCCUCGAGUGCGGGGCCCGGGCGCCCCUGGGGACCGCGCGCGGCGGCGGCGGCCCGGCCUGGGAACUGCGCUUCUUGCGCGCCCUGCUGGAGCGGGCUCGCUGCGCGCACCGCUGCGAGCGGGAGGACGAGGGCAGUCGGCCCGUGGAGCGCCACGCUACCGCCGCCGCACGAGUCCUGAGCCGCAGCGCAGAGGACGUGCGCCUCGCCUUCCAGAAGAGGAUGCCCUACAGCUACCUGCAGCAGGCCUACAGUCAGACAAAUCAGAUGGAAAAAGCUGCCGAAGCUGCCUAUACUUUCCUAAUGGCCAACCCUGAACACAUGGCAGUGCCUUCUCAUGAUGAGAAUACUGAAACAGUGACAGGAGCCAAGCUGGUCGAUCGAGAAGCCCAACUCCAUCUGGAACACUACCGGGAUGCUGUAGAACAUUAUGAAGCUGAUGACUUCCAAUUGGCCAUUGAGUCCUUUGAACAAGCUUUAAAGGAAUAUUUCGUGGCUGAUAGGGAAUGCCGGCUUCUGUGUGAGUGGUCGCAGAGCUAUGGUGACCAUGACAAGCUAGCGAAAACUGACGGCUUCUAUGAAGUCAUUGCAGGUCUCUACUCCCAGCGUCUGAUCUGUGAGCAUGACUGUGUGAGGGAGCUUGCCACGUGGCCCGGGCAGCUGUCUCCCAUUGAGAACUUCCUACCUCUUCACUAUGACUACCUACAGUUCUCCUAUUAUCAAGUUGGCAACUAUGUGAAAGCCCUGGAGUGUGCCAGGGCCUACCUUCUAUUCCACCCAGAUGACGAGGAUGUGCAGGACAAUGUGAAGUACUAUGAGAGUGCGUUAGAAGAAAGCGUGGACCCCCAAACCAUCAAACCUAGGGAGGAUGCAACAAUAUUUAUGAAACGGCAUAAACUCGAAUCUGAGCUUAUCAUGUCAGCUGUGGUCAACCUAGGCAUUCCCUACACUGAACAGAAUUACUGGAUCCACGAUGGAGGACGACAGGAAGAUUCUCAGCUCCUUUCAGAGACCGACAACAGUAUGGCCGCGGCUCCCGAGCAGUCUGUGGGGAAGCAGCCUGUGCCCAGGCUGGAGCGGGACAUUCGAGAGGGGGGGCCACUGCUCUACAGCCACGUAAAGUUUGUCUACAACUCGAAACAGCUGAACGGAACCCAGCGGAUGCUGCUGGAUGAUGUCUUGUCGGAAGAGGAGUGCAGAGAGCUCCGAAGCAUGACCAGCAGAAUAAUGCUUGCUGGUAGUGGGUACCAAGGGGAAGUUUCACCCCUCACUCCCAAUGAAAAAUUUGAAGGUGCCACCAUCCUAAGAGCCCUCAAGUUUGGCUAUGAAGGCCGAGUACCCCUGAAGAGUGCACGGCUGUUCUACGACGUCAGUGAGAAGGCCCGCAAAAUCGUCCAGUCUUACUUCAUGCUGAACUCCACCCUCUAUUUCUCCUUCACUCACCUGGUUUGCCGAACGCCUCUGUCAGAUCAGCCACAAAACAGGGAUGACCUUAGCCACCCCAUCCAUGCUGACAACUGCUUCUUGGACUCAGACACCAACGAAUGCUGGAAGGAGUUUCCUUUGGCUGCAAGGGAUUACAGUGCCAUCCUCUAUAUGAAUGAAGACUUUGAAGGCGGAGAGUUCAUCUUCACCGGCAUGGAUUCCCAAACUGUGACUGCCUCCAUCAAACCAAAGUGUGGACGUAUGGUCAGCUUUUCCUCAGGCAGAGAGAACCCUCAUGGGGUGAAGGCUGUGACCAAGGGGCAGCGGUGUGCUGUGGCUCUUUGGUUCACCUUGGACCCAUUGUACAGGGAGUUGGAACGUCUUCAGGCAGAUGAAAUGAUCAGACAGUGGAACCAUGAACAGGGCAUCAACCCCAAAGAUGAACUAUGAACGUGGCCAAGAGCGUCCUAUCAAAUAUUUAUUUAAUAAUGUUAAUCUUAUUAGAACCUUUUAUUUUUGUACAGAGUCUUGGUAUAAAUUAAUGGGUUAAUAUGGGUCUCCUAAGCCUCCCUUUGGUUGUCUACAAUCUUUCAAUCUUGUGAUCAGUGCAUCUUUCAAGAGAAUCAAUCGAGCGGUCAAUCGGCAAACAUGUAUUAAGUGCCUUCCAGGUGCUGGGGAAUACUCAAAGAACCCCUGGCCUCGGGGAGCUGAUGUUACAAUCCAACAUGCAUUUAUUUUCAUUAAGUGCCUAUUCAGUGCCCAGCAUGGGGCUGCAAUGCUAGGAGUACAAAGAUAAACAUGAAAAGUCCCUACUCUCCAGAUGUGCAAAAGGAAAACCCAAACCCCUCCCAUUCAUUUGCUGAGGAUCUCAAAGCCCAAACAGGGAGGGUCCCUCCUUUCUCUGCUUGGCAGAAUUCCAAGCUUUGAAGCCCAGAGGUUUGAGGUGCUUUUAGGCAUGUUAGCUCAUAUGAACUUUACAACAACUCUAGUCCAUAGUGUGCUUACUGCCACCAUUUUACAGAUGAGGAAAGAGGCAGGGAGAGGUUAAGGGACUUGCCUAAGGUCAUACAACUAGUCAAGUGUCUGAGGCAAGAUUUGAAUGCGGGUCUUAGUCCCACACUAUCCACUGUGCUGCCUAGAUGCCAUUAGUGAAAGAAGCCACCAAGCCAUUCUAGGUUAAGGCUGAGAAGGUUCCCAAACUUCUGAGAGCCCAGACCCAGGGAGUUAUUGCUGGUAUUUACCCCACAGAACCCAGAACCUGCUCCAGGAACAUUCAUGGCAUGGCCUGGUUUCUUCUCCUGUGUAUCCCCUGUGGGGCCCAGAUUACUGGCUGGCAAUUUCCCUGAUCAUUUUCUCCAGCUUUGGGGGGGUACCUCAGUUUUGUUACUGUACAACACAUUUGUGCUUUCAUCUAAAUCUUUCAAUAAAGGGAAACUUUAUUUUAACACCA